GUUAAGCUUUCAAACUUCUCCGCUUUGAAGAUGGUGAGCGCCGUUUUUGGUUUGGUUGCUGUGUUGAGCUUUCUCGCUUUGCAGGGUGUGCUCGAUGGAUAUCACAGAGCAAUGAACGAGGUGUUUGAGCGGUAUGGAUCGUUUGCAGCUCGUCGUCCGGCUGUUCCGCUCAUAAUUGGACUCGUCCUGCUUGGAGGAAUUUCUUUUGGUCUUUUUAAUGUGAAGAAGGAAGCCGAUCUGGAAAAGCUAUGGGUUGAGCAAAACUCUCGCGUCGUGGAAGAGAAAGAGUUUUUCGAUUCGAGGUUCUCUUGUUUGAAUUUCGUUCGUAUAAAUGUAACGUUGUCUGGUUUCAGUUUCGGAGGUAUUUCUCGGCUCGAGGCAGUCACAAUCACACCACGGGAUGGCAAGGAUUACAACUUGGUCCAUGCGAUGGACGCUCUUAAGUCAUCCAUUACUCCUCUCUAUGACAACUUGACCAUGACAAGAACGAUAAACGGAAAGACAUAUAACUUCCGCGAGAACGAUUUCUGUGAGAGGCCUGUUGUGCCGGAUUACAUAAAGUCUGGUACAGACCCUUUGAAGAACAAAAACUUCAUUUCAUGGGGAUACUCAAAAUAUGCAAAUUGUGCCUUAGAGGCGCUGAAUGCUCCUCCUGAACUGCGUUUACCCGAUGGAUGGGGUAUAGACUGGCUUCCUUGUCUGAAACUAUCGGCAUUAGACUGUUUUAAAGAAGGAGGCGAUUUUGACUAUCCACCAGCGUUAAAACUACUUGAACAAGAAGCUCUCUCCGGGUUACGCAUCGCUCAAAUUGCUGUCAUCCCUAACGGAAACUGUCAAACGGAAGUUCGCCGUAACUACACAGCUCUAAACAUCGAUGAAAACACCGUCAAUGAGCUUGUCCAGGGAGUUACUGGUUUGUCUCGGCUUCUUUUGACAUGGGGAUACAGCUGGAGAAAAUCAUACGCAGGCAUGACCAAUCAGCAAGUUCUAGAUCACAUAAAUGCUGCUCUGCGAUUUGGAAAGUCUGCUGAUCCGAAUCCGACAAAUCCUCAGAUUGUGGACUGCCUCUCUGGAACGCAACCGUGCUGCAUGACAUGGUUUGGAGCACACAGCCCAACUCUAACGUCAUUGGGUAGUCUGAAGUACGAUGCUUCUGGGAACAUCACCGAGAUCAAAGGAUUAAGAUGGGCCGGAAACAAUUUCCAUCAAAGGCAUCCGGUCUGGGAAUCGUACAUCUCUAAUUUACUAGGUACAAGUUUUCAAGAAAAACAGAGGGAGCAGCUUACUAAAGACUGGGAAGCUCAUAUGAUCAACGAACUGGACCCUCUACGACAGCACCAACCAAGUACAAUAUUUGGCGACAAAAAUAUUUAUGGUGACCUGCAGCUAGAGUUCAACAUGUGGAGGUCGUCGGAAGACAUAAUCUCGGAUGCCAAUAAAACACCAGUGUGGCAGAUAGUUCUUAGCGGCAUUCUUGUCUCGAUAUACUCAUUUCUGGCUUUUGUCAACUUCAAGGAUCCUGUACACUCGUUUACAUGGCUGGCUCUCACCGGAAUGGUUGUAGUUUCACUUGCUGUUAUUGCUGGGUUUGGGUUUAGCGCUGCUAUUGGAAUCAAGCUAACCCCGUUGGCCGGUUCUGUGGUACCUUUCCUUACACUGGGACUGGGCAUAGAUGAUGUUUUCGUGCUAGUGAGCGUACUUCGUAAUUACUUAAAAGAUCCAUCACUCAAAGACAUAACUUCAAAAGUACCUGAAGCAGAGAUGAGAAUGACAACUGCUCUCGCGGGUCCAUCGGUGGUGUUAACAACGUUUUCUGUUCUUGCUUCAUUCUUCAUUUCUUCACUUAGUCCAAUGCCAAUCGUGAGGUGGUUUUGCUGGCAAAUGGGGAUCACAGCAACACUUCAUACUCUAGGAAUGCUUUUGAUAUUUAUACCGAUAAUGGCAAUCGAUGCCAGACGAGUGAAGGCCAAUGUUUGUGAUCCUUACCUUUGGCUGCUUUGCGGGAUUCGAAAGAAGGAAAAUCUAGAAGGGCCGCUUGCGUCAAAGGACUCCCCUGGAAAUUUCAGUGGACAUGUCACUGGAACAUCCUUCGUAUCGCGAGCUGUUGCAAAGUACUAUGCUCCUCUAUUUGAAAAUAAUCUGUUCAAGGUCGUUGUGCUUGUAUUGUUCUCAGCAUUACUCGCUGUGACAACUUACCUGGGCUUUGAAAAAGUCGAGCACGGGUUAUUACUAUCCGAUAUAACUCUGAAAGGCUCGUACCAGAACACAUUUGCGGUCGUAACAGAGGGAAAAUUCUUAAGCUACCAAAUUAACUAUGUGACGCGAGAUAUUGAUUUUGCGAGGAACCAGGAAAAUCUUCUUAAGAUAUACGAGACAAUGCAAAGCAACUUGUCAUACUGGACUCCUCCACAACCCAGGGUUCUAGAAGCGUCAGUAUUGGGAAACAUUAUGGUUUACACGGCUAAUUCUAGACCCGAUAUAAAAACAGUUCCUGUGAAUGUCUCCGGGAUUCCGCUAUUUACUAUCCCUGUCGACGUUUUCGAUCAGACUCAGCAAGCCUGGUCAUCGACGCCCAUAGGUAUUUUUUCACUGCCCGAUUACUACUGCGAGGACAAGACUACAAAAGAACAUUUGGAUUGUUUCACUACCACAUUCAAACCAAAUCUUCGAGUUGCGGCUACAAAGACAUCUAUUUUUAUAGAGCACUUGGGUGCCGAGACGGAACCAAAUCUUCGUAUGAUCAGACAGACCAGAAAAAUAGCUGACCAGAUGAAUGCCGAGAUCGGUGAAAAUGUUGCCUACGUGUACGGGUAUCCGUUCCUUUUCUUUGAACAGUAUCUUCACAGCAGCCGAAACUUGUACAUUGUGGUGGGCUUCGCGUUACUUGGAGUAUUUGUGGCCGUUCUCAUUUUCCAGUUCAGCAUCGUGAUCUCGUUCCUUAUCGUGAUUGUGCUGCUCAUGGUGGACUUGGAAGUGUACGGCUUUAUCUACGUUAUCGGUGCAAAACUUAACUCCCUCUCGCUCGUUAACCUUGGCAUAGUUAUUGGAAUGGCGGCCGAACUCACGUACCUUGCUCGAGCAUUCCUGAUGGUGGAGGGAACCAGGAACUACCGCGUUGGGAAGGCACUCGAGUGGACUCUGGAACCCCUGCUCCAUGGUUUCGGAACUCAAGUGGUCGCGACUCUACCGCUCGUCUUUCUCAAGUACCACGCAUUCCGAAUCUACUACUUCGCAAUGUUCGCAGUCAUGGGCGUGCUUAGCUUCCUCAACGGCUUUGUGCUACUCCCGGUGCUUCUCUCGUGGUUUGGACCUCCAGCCCUGCCCAGCCACAUCCCUGUUGCCAGCACGCACGGGUUCUCGCACGUCGACGAAGAUCAAAAGGGCGACAAAGAGAUGGUAGAAACGGAGCCUGCACAGGACAUGGACCUGCGCCCCUAGUGUUGCUAUAAAAAAAAAAGCUCACUAGGAAAGAACUUCAUGCCUUGGAUAUGCUGCUG